AUGACGAACUUCAAAAUCCAAAUUACGUCCGACAGCGUUUGCCCGUGGUGCUAUGUCGGCUACCGACGCCUAUCACGCGCAAUAACAACGCACAAAGUCACGAACCCACUGGACACAUUCACUGUAACCUGGUCACCGUUCUACCUGAAUGCAGACGCACCGGCGUAUCCAGGUGUCGACAAGCAGGAGUUUUAUGCGUCGAAGUUUGGGGCGCGGGCAUCGGCUAUGUUUUCGCGGCUAAGUGCGAUUGGUGAGGCCGAGGGUAUUUCGUUUAAGUUUGGGGGGAGGCUUGGGAGGACGAGGGAUUCGCAUCGACUUGCUUGGUUUGCGGGGUUGAAGGAGGAAGGUCAGGGGAGUGGGAAUGGGGAUGGGGUGAUUGGGGGUUUGCAGACGAGGGUGGUGGAGAAGUUAUUCCGAGCCUAUUUUGAGGAGGAGAAGAAUAUUACGGAGAGGGGAGUGUUGGUUGAUGCUGGGGUUGCGGCCGGGCUGGAGAAGGGCGAGGUGGAGGGACUGUUGGAUUCAGAUGCUGGGGGGAUGGAAGUUGAUCAGGAAGCUGAGGCGGCGAGGAGGCAGUUUGUGACUGGCGUGCCCUAUUUUAUGGUGCAGGGCCAGUAUGCUGUUGAAGGGGCUGAAGAGCCAGAUACGUUUUUGGACAUUUUCCAGCGUAUAAAGGGCGCGGGAGCUUCGUGA